UCUUCAAUUAACGGUGCGGCUUUGUGAUAUUGUCUCCUACGUGAUCUCGCUUCUCGAAGCCCUCGUGGACGCAUGGAAGACUCAAGCCACAGAUCCAUCCCUGGUUUCGGCCCAUCCUGUCCAGGAUUCGCAACUCGGUCCUUGUUCCUCGGCACUCUAUAGUGUCCUCGCCGGCCCACCUGUGAAGCCCCAAGUAUCCCAUGACCGCUCCAGUCUUUUCACCGUGAACGCACUCCGUCCCCGCUGCCACUCCCAGCUCCAAUUCUUGUGCCCUGGACCAGCCGCCAUGGACACCCCCACCGCAGAAACCACAAAGCUCGAGCGCAGAGGCUCCGCUCCCGUCAAGCGCAGAGUCAGUCGCGCCUGCGACCAUUGCCACCGCAUGCGAACGAGAUGUAACGGCCAGGCCCCGUGCUCGCGAUGUGUUGAACUCGAGUACGUUUGCCAGUACAACCGCGAGAAGAAGCGAAGAGGAAAGGUACCACGACAUAUUCAGAAGCAACGGGAAGAGGCCGCUGCGCACCAGGGACUGCCCAAUGCGCACCAAGACCAAGAAAAUGGACUCUCCAUACAGACUCAGUUUGAAAAUUCCGAAAUGGACGAGGACCUCUGGUCGCCCUCGGAGCCAACCCCAAUCGCCCAUCACUUUCCAGGCAAAGAGGACAUCCACCACGUCACAUCACCGAACCUGCACGCCCACAUGAUGCCACCACCAGAGUAUCAGCAAGAUCCUACCCACAUCAAAUCACCAACACAUUGGCACCAACUAGCCUCCUGUAAGUUUGUCAAUAGCAACAUUGCUGGAGUGAUGCUCACCACGAGGCCAGCCAUGAGCUUCAACUCACCAGUGACGCACAUCAUGAUAGAUCCGCUAUUACUGGGACCAGGAGAAAGGCUUGCCCAGCCCCAGAUGCACGGCUCAAUGGGAAGAAACGAAGAGCUCAUGUAUGCCAUGAACGACAUGCACCUCAUUCCGGACACUCGCACCCCAAUAUCCGUCCCCUCUCAGUUCGACAACGUGGGAUACCCAAUGCACUUCGCGCCCGUACGACAGUCCUCACCCCGAAGCUAUGGUUCGGUCGACACUGGAUCGCCUCAAUCCGGCAUCAGCGCUGCGUCUUCACACCCAGGAAUCUUGCCUUGCAAAUACCCAGUUCUGAAACCAUUGCUUCCACACAUCAGCAAUAUUAUGACUGUGCCCAUGGCCUGCGACUUGCUCGAAUACUACUUCCAGAGUUCGUCUUCUGUAUUCAUGGAGCCAAUAUCGCCAUACAUUCUCGGAACCGUCUUCCGGAAACGCUCCUUCCUGCGACAACACAAACCGCGAAAGUGCAGCCCCGCAUUGCUUGCGAGCAUGCUUUGGAUCGCAGCGCAGACCUCUGAAGCAACCUACCUGACUUCCUCUCCAUCGGCAAGAACAAUCUUCUGUCAAAAGUUGUGGAAGCUCGCAAUCGAUCUGUUGAAACCGCUGGUGCACUCACCUGCCUCACACGGAUUUGCCCACAGCCAUGGAACCGUCGUUAGCCCUGCAGUACAUGACGCGUUCGGAGUGGAACGCGCAAUGGGACAACUCGAAAACAGGACGGAUUCCGCAAUGCCCCCGACCAGCACCCUUGACGACGUGGCGACGUACAUGAACCUUGGUGUGGUAACUUCGGCGAGCGAAUACAAAGCCGCCAGCCUGCGAUGGUGGAACGCUGCCUGGAGUCUAGCAAGAGAAUUGAAACUGGGACGGGAGGUGCCGCAAGACUCUACCAAGGACCGACAGACGGGCGACGAUGCCGAAAUUGGCAUGUCAGACUGCAGCAACUCCGGCGCGCAUGUUCCCGCGGGCACCCCCGCAGCUGCUCUAGUCGAGGAAGCAAGAGAGGAGAGACGCAGACUGUGGUGGCUCUUGUACAUGAUUGACCGCCACUUAGGACUGUGUUACAACCGUCCUCUAGCGAUGCUCGACAACGAAUGCGAGGAUCUCUACCAACCGGUUCCGGACACGCUAUGGCAGGCCGGAGAAUUCUACACCGGGAACUCUGGCCCUAAAAGGAAAGGCCUCUCGUUCCAAUGCACGUCGCAUGACGUGUUUGGCUUCUUUCUCCCGCUCAUGACCAUCCUUGGCGACAUUGUCGACAUGAACGCCCAAAAGAACCACCCGCGCUUCGGCCAACGUACAUCCUGGGAAUCUUUCGAAUCGGAAAUAACUCACCAGCUCGAGCAGUAUGCGUACAGUCUGCAAGAAUUCAAAACGCAGCACGGCUGCGGAGCACCAGGAGAUGACGCUGCGGAUCCUAUUCGUGGAGAAUGUGCCCACCAAACAAGGAAGGUCGUCGCCUACGCGACGCACAUCAUGCAUGUGCUGCACAUUUUGCUGCACGGGAAAUGGGAUCCCGUUGCGCUGCUAGAAGACGACAACAUGUGGAUCUGCUCGCAGUCGUUCUUGGCCGCCACAUCGAAUGCGAUUUCCGCCGCGCAUGCCGUCGAGGAGAUUCUCGAGCUCGAUCCGGACCUGUCCUUCAUGCCGUACUUCUUCGGCAUGUAUCUGCUGCAGGGAAGCCUAAUUCUCCUUCUGCUUGCAGACAAGCUGUCGACCGAGACAAAUGAGGGCGUCAUCCGGGCGUGCGAAACGAUUGUGCGCGCCCACGAGGCCGCCGUCGUCACGUUGAAUACAGAAUACCAAAGAAAUUUCCGAAAAGUCAUGAUCUCCACGCUCGCCCAGAUAAAAGGGCACUCCCACUCGCGCGAAAUGUCGCCCGCGAAGCGCCGCGAGGUCCUGUCGUUGUAUCGCUGGACGAGUCUCGGCAACGGCCUCGCGAUAUAGCGCAUCCACCCUUAGCCUUUACCCACCCUCACUCUCACCACGACGGAAAUGAAAUGAAAACGGAAACAGGCGUCGUCGGCGCCGAACUGGACUGUACUAUUAUGUAUGCAUCCCGGGACGGACGUGCCCAGGGACUUCUUCUGCAUCGGACUGGAUCGGAGGGAGGAGAUAUGUCUUGUCUUACUUUUUCGAACCUUGAUACCAGAGACAAAAGUCGCAACUUAACCUGUUUGGAAUCGGAAUGCAUUGUUAAUAACCUUUUGAUAGCGAUAAAGUACCUGUUUACCC